AGACACAAAUGAAAGAACACCUCACUCUAACCAUUGUACUCGCCAUAGCAGAGCAGAUUAGGCUUUUUUUUCAUGUUAUCUAGAGCGUUUGUGACUAACUGUGCUGCUGGCAACAAUUUCAUAGUUUUUUUGCCAACUUCUACCGACCGGUAAUUUUCUAUGGGUGUUGCACGUUCGUAAAUUCAUCCGUUAUUCAGCGUUCUGGCACAAAUGAGAGUGCUCUGAAAUUGGAGUAGAUAACCAGAGUUCAUUUUCGAACGCACCCGAGAGAGUGCUCUGAAAUCUGAGUAGACUGCCACAAUGAAUAUACAAGCGCACCCCUACUCCGAUUUCAGUACCAGAACGCCGAAUAACUAGCUAAUGAAUUUAUGGACUGUUGAAUAUUACAGGUAUCAGGAAAAAAACGUUAUUAAAUUGUUGCCAACAGCGCAGUUACAGUCACCAACUCUCUAGAUGACAUGAAAACAGCUUAACCUACUCUGCUAGCGCGAGUUAAAUGGUUAGAGUGAGGUGUUCUCUCAUUUAUGUCUGGAAGUAACUAGCAAGCUAGCCAACUUUAGCCAGUUAUCUUGGGUGCUCGACUGCCAUUGUGAGGUCAGAACGCUCGGAUCAACCCUAAUCCUCGGCCAGAGUGUCAACUGUGCGCUCUGAAUUUACGAACGAACAUUCUGACAUUUCUCUAAAUUUACGAACGCACAGAGCGCACUCUGGCACUCCAGAGCGAAUUUACGAACACACCCCAAGUUGAUCGCGAGGCAGCGGCAGGUAGGCGACGUGAUAAAAUAACGUGAUAAUGUGUGCACAUAUUUUGAGCUGCUAAUCGUGGAUAUUGCGUUUACUUUAUAAAACCGUAUCUAAUUAAUAUGGUGUACUCAUGAACUGACUCACUAGCCUAUGUUAUCAUUGCUCGAGGUGAAUUUUUUCUACUGUAUCACAGCUCACGUAUCCAUGGCUACCCGGAUGGUGCAACUCGCUCAGCCCAAACCCAGCCUGCUCCGAUUCCCUGACCGACGGUCAGUCUACUGGCUAGAUGAACUCCCACCUGAAAGAAAUGGCUCCACCACCACGUUUGAGUUGACUCCCCACUGGUCCCAGCUGUGUGGCAGGAAGCGGCUUAAUUCUGGGUUUGAACAGAGCAGGUUAUCUCCCCAAUGGGAGGUCAGUGUAGCAGCUUUGAGUGCCUAUCCAUCCAAUAGACUGUGUUCUCUGGCUUUGCCCCGCCUCCCCACCAUAGGCUGGGAACCUGACCGCCCCCUACUGGCCUCCCUGAGCAGAGCGGUGCAGACUGCAGUAGCCAGUCCUAGGGUCUGCCAGUUGGCCUGUCCCAAGCGGAGGCAGGGUCUCUAUUCGGCCCAUUCGUCCAAGACUUCACUGGCACCCCCCCACCCAGCUGCAACCUCCUCCCGACUACAGCUCCUUGCCCUCCCUAAGUCUGACCACCCCCAGUAUGCCCAGGACCGUCCAGUCAUCUGGCCAGUGCCGGGGCCAGUGAGGAAGGCAGUAGCCAGUGAGAGGGUGCAGGUCCUUUCACAGCCCAACCAGCGGAAGGCGCUGUUCCAAGGCUACGACCCGUACACGGUUACCCUAGCUGCACGCUCCGCUAGCGCCUCGCCGCGCCUACAGGAGCUUUGUCUGCCCCUGCCGCGGAAAUGCAAGGGCAAAUAGACGAAUGCAUCUCAUCUCACACCUCUACAGUACCUCCAGCCGCCUCUUCUUCAGAUACUCUAUCUCCUGUACAGCAUGUCCCUGAUCACCACUGCUCCAUAAUAAAGGCCCUCUAUGAUCUCAUUGAGGCAUGUUGCUGGGUCUUUGUUCUGGUCCAACGGGACCACUGGCUUUAGAAGGUGGAUUGUUUAGUGCUGCGACGUUCAACAGCGUGCUGAACAUUCAACUGAACUGAAGUGACUUUUACUAUCGCCAAAGGGGAGUUGUCACGGACCUAGAAUAUUACAACCCACAUUACAUACAUAAAGCGAAAACCACCUGAAUGUAAAAGUGUACCUUAUAUAUUUUACUGUGUAAUUGUAGUAUGUGACAGAUGAAGGAAACCUGAAAAAGGAUGUAAUAUCUUUAAUGAAUAUUCCCUCUCCUGUUAACCCUCUACUGCACAUACAGUUGAAGUCGGAAGUUUACAUACACUUCGGUUGGAGUCAUUAAAACUUGUUUUUCAACCACU